UGUUUGAUUUUUGUGAGAUGAAGUGUGGAGGAGUUUAAAUCAUGACGUGAAUGUUGAUCCUCCCGGCCAGUGACAGUGUCUUCCAGAGUGUGACAACUGUGAGCUCGUGUGUCGGUGAUUUAAAGCGGUGUAAACAUUCUUCUCGCCGUAGUGGUGUUUUAUUCCUAGUGAUCGAUUAAUGAUUGCGGGUGGAAAGCUGCGGUCACGGUCCUCCCGCUGAGAGAGGACCGCCACUAAGAAGGAUUGACACUGGGAAGGUCUGGCAGGUACGUGACUAGAUCUAGUUCGUGUAAAGUGCCGCGGUCACCGCUCUUCCUGCUGAGGACUGGCACUGAGAGGGACUGGCAGGAGCCUAAUUUGAUCUAGUCUAGUGUGGUAAGGAGGUAAAGUUUAGACAAGUUUAGAGCGACAUUUUAACUGGCUUUAAAGAGGCCUUGGCUUCACUUCCUUUGUGCUGCUUGCUUCAAGCAACCGAAAAUUUUGCAGUAUUUUAGAGAAUAAUUUUGAGUUUGUUGAGGAAGUGACUAUUGUUGGUGACAUGCAGACGUCGUAAAGGCUCUCAUGCAAGGUGGGGGCAAGACUCUAGACUCCAGAGUUCACGGGUCCCCUGUGAGUCUCAAGUUAAUGAUGGUGCUCAAGGUAACCCUGGGAGAGCCCUGAACACAGUGUGAACGUCUACGAGAUUAACAAUGAGGAAAUUGUGUUGAGUGGUGACCAUCAGGUCCCAACUCCCCUCUAUGGUAACUGAGGAGAGUGGUCCCUGAUCCAGCUUACAAACCACCCACCCUUCACACCCACCCUUCACACCCACACUUCACGCCCACUUGUCCCCGACGACUCCCGUCUGAAGACCAAGGAAACCUGGACCUGAGAGACGUUUAAAGGCGGACUUGGACCUGUGAAGUUGAGAGCCCUGAUGACCUCCGCCCAGGAUGAGUCUCACUCCACUUGAGGAAGAUGCUUCUGAAGAACAACGACCAGUACGACAGACGGUGUGCGAAACGUUGAGGCACGGUGCCAACUGGAAGUGUUUCAUCCUGACACUUUUGAUUGUUUCCUGUCUGGCAGCAAUCACCUGGUGUAGACUCACGCAGGUCACCAAAGUCAUCGUCAACUUCGACAAGUUCCCCAUCACCAGGACCAGGCACCUGAGUCCGUGUGAGGACGGUUACCUGUACAUCCCGGUGGCCUUCCUGGGUAUGCUGUACCUCGUCUACCUGGUUGAGUGUUUCCACUGCCCUACCAGGACGCAGUUGACGCACACGACACCCGCGUCGCACGUCGCAGCGAUGCUGGAAGCGAUGCGCUCCGCUCAGCCAGUGAUCUGGUGGAAGGCUAUGUGCUACCACUACGCCCGCAGGUCACGACACAUCACCCGCUACCGCAACGGCGAUGCUUACACCAGCACCCAGGUGUUUUACGAGCGUGUCAACUCCCACGCUGCAGGCACUUGCUUCCUCUUCUCCAACUGUGGUGUCAAGGACAUCUCCAAAAAGCUGGUGAACCUGUCAAAGUACUCAUGUACCAAGAUCAGGUAG